AACCCUGUAAAAUGUAUAUAAACACUGUAUAAGAGUCUUAAUUAAUGCUACCGUAUAUGUUUUUUGUUAUUUUUGUUUAUUUUUAGCACAAGAAAUAUAAUGACUUAUUCUUUCAAAAAUAAUUCGAUACUCAAGUAUUACCAUUGUUAUUGUAGACUUUGAAAAAAAUAUUAAAAAUUUUUCUAAUAACGUUAAAAAAAAAAUGAAUGAUGUUUUUAUUGUUUUUGCUUCAAUAAAAUUUCCUAUAGACUAGCUCUUGUCGGCCAUUUUUUUAAAAAAGUACAUUUUUUUGCCAGGAGAAUGAUAGAGAUGCAGUUAAAAAAAGUUGAACUCCAUGCUGAUGUAUACAUGACAUGCAUGCAACAUGCAUUGUCUACUGAAAACUACGAAGUUAUGGGACUUUUGAUUGGCAAUUCAGAGAAUGGAAUUGCAAAUAUAUCAGCCGUAGUUAUAUUGAAACGACUAGAUAAAAAAAAAGACAGAGUUGAAAUAUCUGAUGAACAGUUGUUAAAAGCUGCUGCAGAUGCUGAAAGACUUGCAAGCGAACUUAACAGACCAAUGAGAGUGAUAGGUUGGUAUCAUUCACAUCCUCACAUAACAGUUUUUCCAUCUCAUGUUGAUGUUGGAACACAAGCUACUUAUCAGACAAUGGAUGCUGGUUUCGUCGGUCUUAUUUUUUCAGUAUUUUCCGAAGCUAAAGAUACAAAAGAACAAGAAGUAGUUGUUACAUGCUUCCAAUCGCAUAAUAACAAAAGUAUAGAAAUACCACUAGAAAUUAUCUAUGAACAAGAAAUAUCAGAGUUGUGUUUAAAUACUAUGGUUGAACUGCCAAAGAUUCUUGUUGAAGAAGAAGAAAAAUCCUGUGGAAAACAUCCGGAUAUUUUGGCAUCGAUUCUAAAUGAUGCAGUUAAAACAAGAGCACUGAUUCAUAUCACAGAUACAAUUACGAAGCCACUAUUGCAAACAUUUGAGAAUCGAAUAAAACUUAACAAAAUUCGAGCUGAAUAUUUACGCAAACAGCUAUCCGAAUUGAAAACAAUGAAUACUAACUAGCAUAAAAAAUGUUUUCGAAAUAAAGCUAGGUGCAAAGAAAAAAGUUAUUCUACAAUUUAUUGUUAAUAAAAAAAAUAAACUAAAAUAAAAAAUCUUGAAAA